GGAUCUGGGGUGCUGGAUCUGGGCUGGCUGGUCUGCGCCGUUGCGCUGCGCUGCGUUGAGUUGCGUUGCGCUGCGUUGCUUGGAUCGAGUGGGAUGGGUUAUUUUAAUAUCCUCUUUUCUUUCUUUGUCUUCCUCUUCUCAUCUUCUUUCUCGCCUUGUCUCUGCAUCCGUGGGGUGGUUGUGGGGGAACGGUGGACGGGCGGGAGACGGAGAAUGGGUAAUGAUAAUGCGUUGGAUGCUGUGCAUGGGUGGUGUAAUGGGUUGGUAGAAGGACGGAGGAUGGAUGCACUGGCCUGGCCUGCUCGAGAGGGAGGAGAUGCAGAGGAGACGAAAGAGGGAGUGUUAACCACACCUUUGGGCUGUCAUGUUGUCGUGGGCUUGGGGCGGUUGGUUCGUGGUGUUGGUGUUGGUGGAUGGAGAGGUUGAGGUCGUCGGUCGAUACCCGCUGGGAGAUCUAAGGUCAAGGGGGGACGGGAUGAAAUGAAAAAAGACUAAUAGACACAGUACUGGAUUUGCGAAACCUGCUGCUUGUGCGUGAUGCCGUCGUCGUUGGUCAGGUUCGACAUUCCCUCCUCGCCCUGACAAGGAGGAUAUGAAACGAAAAACGAGUCCUUGCUGACAGGAAGGGGGAACGACAUGUCGUUGAAUUAAGAAUACGCCGU